AUGAGUAAUGAAAAUGGAGAAAAAGAUGUCCUCGAAGCCACAGACUCCCUACAAAUUUUAAAUGUAGAAGAUUGUGGCAGAAGCGAAGUUGAUAAAAAGAACAAACCUAAAGUAGAUAUUUUAUUAAAACCCACUGGAAAUGCACCAAUAAUGAAAAAGAAAAAAUGGACUGUUGAUAGUGACAAACCCAUAGGAUGGAUUAUUGAAUUUAUAAAGAAGUAUCUAAAAAUUGAGUCCAAAGAGAAAUUGUUUGUUUAUGUGAAUCAAACAUUUGCCCCUGCACCAGAUCAGUUAGUAAAAAAUCUUUAUGAUUGCUAUAGCACAGAAGGAAAAUUAGUUUUACAUUAUUGUAAGACUCAAGCCUGGGGUUAA